AUGGAGAAACUGAGAAAAGUGGCUGUUGAUUUGGAAGAUGGAGACGACCGAUUUCAGCACAGUGCUAACUCUGCAUAUAAACCAGUGAAUACCUCUUUCCGAGAAGAAGAGCCUCUGAUUGAGGAGCCAGUGGGGAACAGAUACAGUCUGCAAAAGCCGAAGGAUCACUUAAAUGGUGCCUAUGUUAUUUUUUUCAUCCUGGGUAUUGGCUCUCUGUUGCCUUGGAACUUUUUUAUCACAGCAAAACAAUACUGGAUAUAUAAACUUCAGAACUGCUCCAAUCAGCAGGAUCCAAAGGGACAUGGAGUCUCUGAUCUCCGUGACUACUUUGAAAGUUACAUUUCCAUUGCCUCAACUGUGCCUUCAGUGCUCUGCCUGAUUGGAAACUUUGUGCUAGUCAACAGGGUAUCUGCCAGCAUCCGCAUUCUGUCCUCCUUGGCUGUCAUGCUGGCUGUCUUCGUGGUGAUCACUGUGCUGGUGAAAAUGGACACAUCCACAUGGACACAGCGUUUUUUUGUCAUAACCAUAGUUUGCGUGGUUAUAGUCAGCAGCGCCUCGACCAUCUUCUCCAGCAGCAUCUUUGGCCUGACAGGCUGUUUCCCCAUGAAGAAUUCGCAGGCGUUGAUUUCAGGUCAGGCCAUGGGGGGCACAGUCAGUGCUGUGGCAUCGGUGGUGGACCUGGCAGCAGCAGCUGAUGUUACAGACAGCGCCUUGGCCUACUUCCUGACAGCAGAUGUCUUCAUCGUUGUCUGCAUUGUGGUAUACCUGAUUCUUCCCAAGUUGGAAUACUCCAGGUACUACAUGAGAAGCCACAAGGGUAGCACACACCCAGCUGGUGUAUUGCCUAGCAGUUAUUUAGAGGGAGUGGAUGAGUCAAAAGGCAUCACCAACAGCUCAUUUCCAGCCAAAGCGACUAGUGACCAAAAUAUCCCACCCCUACGUCCUAUCCUGAAGAAGACCGCUGUCCUGGGCUUCUGUGUCUUCUAUGUCUUUUUCAUCUCUAUCAUCAUAUUUCCUUCCAUCUCCUCCAGCAUAGAAUCUGUCAACAAGGACUCGGGGAGCUUAUGGACCAAUAAGUACUUCAUCCCCCUCACCAGUUUCCUUUUGUACAAUUUUGCUGACUGGUGUGGACGGCAAAUCACCGCCUGGAUCCAGGCCCCUGGCCCAAAGAGCAAACUGCUCCCUGCUCUGGUCCUCCUGAGGACUUUGUCACUACCCCUAUUCAUGUUAUGUAACUAUCAGCCUCGGAGCCAUAUCAAAAUGGUAAUCUUCAACAAAGAUGUCUACCCGGCUGUCUUCAUUGUGCUCUUAGGACUCAGCAAUGGUUACCUGGGUACCUUAGCUAUCAUCUAUGGCCCCAAGAUCUUGCCAAAAGAGUUGGCAGAGGCAACAGGGGUGGUGAUGACAUUUUACCUGACGUUAGGAUUGGCGUUGGGAUCUGCCUGCUCAAUUCUUUUGGUCCAUCUAAUAUAG